AUGGCUCAGGUUAUCAUUGUUGGCGGCGGUCUCGCCGGUCUCUCUGCCGCACACACCAUUCUCGAGCGCGGCGGCAAUGUGCUCUUGCUUGACAAGCAGGGCUUUAUGGGUGGUAACUCCACCAAGGCUACGUCCGGUAUCAACGGCUCUGGUACCCAGACGCAGCAGGACAGCGGCAUCACCGACUCUGCCAGGAUCUUCUUCGAGGAUACCAAGAAAUCCGCACGCGAGCUUGCCCGCGACGACCUCAUCCACGUUCUGACUGGCCGCUCAGCAGACGCCGUAACAUGGCUGCAGGACAAGUUCAAGCUCGACCUCUCCAAGGUCGCCCGUCUCGGUGGUCACUCGCAGCCGCGCACACAUCGCGGCGACGCCCAGUUCCCCGGAAUGGUCAUCACCUACGCUCAGCUCGAGCGCCUGGAGGACCUCUCCGAGUCUAUCCCCGACCGCGUCAAGAUCUUGAAGAAGGCGAACGUCACCAAGCUCAUCAAGGAUGAGUCUGGCUCGGUCGUCGGCGUUGAGUACCAGCUCAAGGGCAAGACCGAGAAGGCGUAUGGCCCCGUUAUCCUCGCCACCGGUGGUUACGCUGCCGACUUCACUGAGGGUAACUCGCUUCUCAAGAAGUACCGCCCCGAGUACUACGGUCUCCCCACCACCAACGGCGAGCACUCGACUGGUGACGGUCACAAGAUGGCCAUUGAGAUUGGCGCGUCGGCUAUCGAUCUCGAGAAGGUCCAGGUUCACCCGACUGGUCUCGUCGACCCCAAGGAGCCCGACGCGAAGGUCAAGUUCUUGGCUGCUGAGGCGCUUCGUGGCGUUGGUGGUCUUUUGCUGGACAACACCGGCGCACGCUUUGUCGAUGAGCUCGAGAAGCGUGACUACGUCACCGGCAAGAUGUGGGAGAACGGCAAGUUCCCCAUCCGCCUUGUUCUCAACGGUCGCGCGUCGAAGGAGAUUGAGUGGCACUGCAAGCACUACUGCGGUCGUGGCUUGAUGAAGCGCUUCGAGUCUGGCGCUGAGCUCGCGAAGGAGAUGGGCAUCUCCGAGGCAACGCUCAAGAAGACGUUCGACGACUACAACACCGCCGCACGCACGAAGAAGGACCCCUUCGGCAAGAAGUUCUUCUCCGAGGGCGAGUGGUCAAUGGACGACUUCUUCAACGUCGCGCUCAUGACGCCCGUCUUGCACUACACCAUGGGUGGUCUCGAGAUCGACCCCGAGUCGCGUGUCAUCGGCAAGGACGGCAAGCCCAUCUCCGGUCUCUUCGCCGCCGGUGAAGUUGCCGGUGGUGUCCACGGCGCCAACCGUCUCGGUGGUUCCUCCCUGCUCGGCUGCGUCGUCUUCGGUCGCGUAUCCGGUGACUCCGCCUCCGCAUACCUCUUGCAGACGACGAGCAAGAUCGCAGAGAAGGCUGGUGGCCGUCUCGGUGCUAUCGCUGGCCACCUCGACGCUGCGCCCGCACUAGCACCCGCGAAGGAGGCCUCGCCCGCAACGUCCAACACCGCCGCGCCGUCAAGCCAGAGCGACGCCAAUGCGUUUUCGCUCGACGACGUCGCGAAGCACAACAAGAAGGACGACUGCUGGGUCGUCGUGAACGGCCAGGUGCUCGACGUCACGAGCUUCUUGCCCGACCACCCGGGAGGCGAGAAGGCGAUCUUGUUGUACGCCGGCCGCGACGCGACGGAGGAGUUCAACAUGUUGCAUGACCCGAAGGUCAUCCCGCGGUACGCGGCUGACUCGGUCAUUGGCUCGUUGAAGGCAUGA